AUGGCUACAUAUGUCGAUUAUCUCUUUGUUACUGGAAACUCAGUUAAGGAGAUCAAAAACUUCAAGAAGGACAUGUCGAAGAACUUUGAGAUGUAUGAUUUGGGCUUAUUGACAUAUUACCUUCGGUUGGAAGUAAGACAGAGCUCAAACUGCAUUAUGAUCAAUCAAGAAGCUUAUGAUCGGCGUAUAUUGAAGGAGGCUGCAAUGGAUGAAUGCAACUCAACGUAUAUACCAAUAGAGUUUGGUCUGCAACUCGCCAAAGGAUCAGACGAACUCGAAAUCGAUGCAACGCUUUACCGAAGAAGAAUUGGAUGCCUCAGAUAUCUUAUGCACACAAGGCCUGACAUGGCGUUAUCGGUUGGUAUCUUAAGUAGAUACAUGCAUUCGCCGAGAGCAUCACACGACAAUGCACUAAAACAAGUGUUGAGGUAUUUUAAAGGAACGGUCUGGUAUGGAUUGUCAUUCAAGCAAGGAAAAUCUAAGAAGCUCAUUGGAUAUAGUGGCAGUAGUCACAACACUGAUCCUGGUGAUGGAAGAAGUACAACAUGA